AUGAAACAAACCCGCUCACUGUUCCGCGACUACUUGGGCCGCUCCGACUCCGAACCCGAACCCAGGGAAGAAGAAAACCACGACGCACUUUCCCAUCUCCACCCAUCUCUCCUCAACGGCUCCGAUCCCAAUCCCGCACCCGACCCGGAUCCGAGGAGCCCAAUAACACCCGCCAGAACCCGGGUCGGGUCAAGAAACCCGAGACCCAACACCGUUCCAAUUAGGGUUUUCUCAAAAGAGGACGAGAUUCUCAUCCUCCACGGCCUAAUCGACCACCUGGACCGAAACCGGUCCGCGCAGUCCAUCAACUUGACCGAACUCCACCGGUCCAUCGCGGGCCGCCUGUCCGGCGACCCGAACCCGAACCAGCUGAAGGCCAAGAUCCGGAAGCUCCGGAAAAACUUCUCCGACAACUCGGCCCGUCCCGAAUGGGCCCCACGCGGGUCCCACCAGCGGCUGGUCUACCAAGUCUCGAAGCUCGUGUGGGGCGGCGAAAUCCCCCGGUGGGGGGAGGGGUUGAAUUUCGGGACGAGAGGUAGAAAAGCGAGGAGGAGGGCCCGAAUCGAAAACAGGCUGGAAGAGACGGGCCCGGCCCGAGAAGGGGAUGACAUGGCGGUGGUCCGGAGUAUGGUGCCGGAGAUCGUGGGGUUGGGCGGCGGCGACGGUGGCAUGGGCCGGCUCAUUAAGAAAGUGGGGUCGGAGAUUUUCCGAGGGCCAGCGCCGGCGAGUGGGGCCGGCGAGUGGUGGAAGCUGCUUGUGAAGGACGUGGAGCUCCACCGGAGAGAGAUGGAGAUCAAGGUGGAAAAGGCAAAGCUGGUUCUGAAUGAGCUCGAGCCCAGUUUGAGGCCCAACAAUUGA